GGUCGUCAGGACUUUACUUCUUCUUCUUCUUCUUCCUCAUCACUUCUUCUUCUUCUUCUUCUUCUUCUUCUCCUCCCUGACCGAGCCGCAUCACCACCGCCCACCAUCUUCCAGGAAAUGACCCGAGCUGCUGGAAGAGGAGCCGCCUCAUUCCGCUGAGUCCACCCGGCUCCAGAGCUCUCAGUGCUGGGGACAGACGCCUGUUGUGUAACCGCAUCACCGGUAGUUCGGCCUCAGCCGGAGAAGUUCGCUGCUCCAUCACCGCAGAGCCUCCACCCUCCUCCCGCCCGGUUCACAGCCACAUCCCCGCCGAGCCACCACCCUCCUCCCGCCCGGUCCACCGCCGCACAGCACCGCACAGCACCGCAGACUUCAGCCGCCGCCAUGGCCACGCAGAUCGAUAAGGAGGCUUGUAGAGAAGCUUACAACGAGGUGCGGGACGACAACACGGACACCAGCUGGGCUGCGUUCAAGUACGAGGGCCCCAGGAUCGUACCUGCAGGACAAGGCACCGACUAUGAGGACUUCAAGAGGAUGUGCACAGAUGACGCUCGUAUGUUCGGCUUCAUCCGGAUCACAACGGGCGACGCCAUGAGCAAACGAGCCAAGUUCUGCCUCAUCACCUGGAUCGGAGAGAACAUCAGCGGGCUGCAGCGCGCCAAGAUCAGCACCGACAAGACUCUGGUGAAAGACAUCGUGCAGAACUUUGCUAAGGAGUUCAUGAUCAGUGACCUGAGGGAGCUGGACGAGGACUACAUCCGCACGGAGCUGAAGAAGGCCGGCGGAGCAAACUACGAUGCUCAGGCCGAGUAGAGAAGUGCCACAUUCCACUGGAAGG